AUGCAAAGAAAAACUCCUCCACCGCAAAAAGAAGAUGAUAAAAUCACCAAAAUGAUCGAAAGUGUGCAAAAAAGAUUUCCAGAGAUAAAAACUACUCUCGGAAUUCGUGAAUUAAUUGAACCCGCGGUGCAAACUCGCGCCAAAGGAAUCCCACGACCACAGAACUGUUUCAUGUUGUAUCGUAAAGAUAUCUCUGCAAGGGCGAAGCUUACUGGUGAAUCUCAGUCAGUGGGUGCUUCCUCCAAAACAGCAUCUGAAACGUGGCGAGAAAUUACUGAAAGAGAGAAAAGAUUUUGGCAGGCGCUAUUUGAUAUUGUCAAAGAGAAACAUCAUAUUCAAUAUCCCAGUUACAGAUAUCAACCUGUUCGAGUCAAAAAACAACGUAAAGGAAGUGACGCAAAGACAACCGUUGAUAAUAACAACAACACCACCACCAAUGGUCAUAAGAAUAAUAUUAACAUCAAUAACAGUUUUAUUUUUCAUAAUGAACAACAGCAAGAAUCGAAAUUAAACUUCCAAUAUCACAGUAAAUCAUCGUAUCAUCUACAAUUAGCUCCUCCUUCGACAGGGAUGAGCGAUAUUGAGUCAUCCGGUUCAUCAAACGAACCAUCCUCAUUUCAUUCUGCUGAAACGAGCAUACAUGAUUUAUUUGAUGAUUUUUCAAGAUUCCCACAUGAUUACUAUGAACUAAAUAAUGGUAAUUAUUGUUUCUCAACAGAAAUUAAUGAAAAUAACUUUGAGCCAUCUUAUGCAUUGCAUGAAUUCCUGAACUCGAUUACAUCAACUCACAAUAAUCACGAAACCAUUAUGUCAGCGCAUCAAUUUAUUCAUAACGAUAAUCAAUGUUCCUUGGAUGAUUUCGGUCAGCAGCAUCAAAAACAACCACAACUAAAGCAAGAAGACAAUUUACAAAAAUCAAUGAUUGGUAAUUAUCAUAAUCUGUCCGAAGAAUCCUUAUCAAAUUAUUUGUUUGAGGAAGAAGAGAAAGAAAGAUCACGAUUAUCUUUACCACUACAACCUUUCCCAGAACAUUAUUUUGAUCAUUCUGCUUAUCCCGCACAAAUAUCUUACUUUAUCCAACCUGGAAUGGUUUACAAUACGUCAUCACAAACAGAACAAAGAUCAAUUUUCCCGACAUCCCAACAACAUGCUACCUCAUUUUAUUCACAGAAUAGCAGUAGCAUUGCUCCAAAUCAUAAGGCACAGAUCAUAGCAACAACGGAAUUACCUGUUCAACCGUCGUAUUACUUUCCACCACAACAAAUAAUGAACGAGAUACAACAAAAACCACUUCAUGAUAGUUCCAACAUCAAGCAAACUACCGAUAACAGUGAUAGAAAAACCCACAAAAUUAUCUACCAAAGACUCGACAAAUAA